GGGCGCUCCUCAACCUAUUUCGCGUCCGCAAGCUGACGGUGGGCUCCCCGAGCCCACCCUCUCACUCAGCAAACUGGCGAGCGCGCUAACCGCUGGCAUGAACCCCCACCAUCCAGGCCACUCCGCAGGCUACCCCCACCACCCCUCGCUCUCGAGCAGUCCGCAUCACAGCGGGCCCGGCGGGCCGCAUCACGCGUAUGGGACCGGCGGCGGCGGUGGCGGCGGCGGUGGCGGCACCACGACUACCCCCGAUCUACCCAGCCCCCAUUCGCCCCCGCACGCUGCCGGUGCCGGCGAUCCCGCCACCCCCUAUGCCUCCUUGCAAACUGGACAAGGCAUGGGCAGCAACGGGCAUCAUCACGGUGGAGGAGGCAUGAUGCAGGAUCAUACACAUCACCCUGGACACCCCCACCCACACAUGCCGGGGCAUCCGGCGUAUCAGUCGGUGAAUCACAACAACAACUGUACGAUCAAGCAAGAGGGAGUUCCAAGCGCGUCAACGGGUAUUCAGCAAUGCGCCGGCUGCGGCGGACAAAUAGUGGAAAGAUGGCUGUUGCUGGCGAUGGAUCGGUACUGGCACAAUGGCUGCCUCAAGUGCUCGUAUUGCGGCACGGCAUUGGCAGAAAUCGGCCAGUCCUGUUACACCAGAAGUGGCAUGAUCCUCUGCAAAAGCGACUACAGACGGAUGUUCGGUAACAGCGGUGUCUGCGCGAGCUGCGGCAACGCGAUACCCGCGUCCGAACUGGUGAUGAGGGCCGGCGCGUCGGUGUUUCACCUGAAAUGCUUUAACUGCAACAAGUGCGGCAGCCAACUCGUCUCCGGCGACAGGUAUUAUCUGCUGUCCGGCUCGCCGGUGUGCGAAUCCGACUGGCACAAGAUCGUGAAAUCGUCGAGCGUCGCGGCGGCGGCGGCCGCGGCGGCCGGUAACGGCGGCGCGCCCGUUAGAAAAGGUAAGCCGACGCCCGCCGUCGUACCGCCUCAGGUAGACGUCGUGGACGUCGCCGUCGGGGUGGACCCCUAUUCGCCGCCUCCGCCGGGUCAUCAGCACUACCAUCACCACCAUCACCACCAUCACCACCAUCAUCAGAUGGGGCUCGUGCAUCCGGGUCUGGCGGGCCAGCAGCAAUCGCACCUGCAGGCGUCCUCCAACUAUCAGGAGUGGUCGCCUUGGGCCCAAGAUACCUGCGAUUGAACUCCCUCCCUCCCUCUCUGGGCCGAUUCCAAUCGGGAUCAUAGCGGUCUCGCUAUGACGGCGAAAGAAGAAGAAGAGGAAGAAGAGACGGGUUACCCUGGGAGGAUCACUCGCAGAUCGGAGAGAGAGAGAGAGAGAGAGAGUGAGAGAGAAUGAGAGAAUGAGAGAGGCUCCCCGCGCGUGUAGCCUCUCCUUCGUGACGUCCGCUGGACGUCGACGGACUUCUCUCCGCGACUCGACCCCGUGACAUUGCACGUGUUUGAACUUGCCGCGACGGCCGAGUUUUCGGCUCGCCGCGAUGUUGAACAUGAUCGAACUCGAAACUACAGACACCGAAAGCCUCGCGCGCGCUUGGCUACGCCGACGUCGAGUGUGUUGCCCGAACUUGGUGUGAACGCCGAGAGAACCGCGCGCUCGCUCUUUUAAGAGCGUCGAUAACUGUCCGGAGUCGCGCGAACACCCCUGAACCUGACGCGGGCGCGAACGCCAACUGUUCCUUUUCUUUUUUAUACGGUCAUAGGUACGAGGUCGAGUACACGCGCUUUGAACGGUAUGAAUAUAAUCGCUUGAAUCCGUAAUCGAUCCUUCGACACGGAGAAAAGGAAUUGGUUUUCCACAUGUAUCACUGAAAUUUAAUUACUAGACAUAGUUUUUAGCUAGCAGGGGCAAAAACAAUUAGAUAAAUUAACUCAGCUAAACUUUCACUUGUAUCAUCAUACGGCUAGGUUAAUUUUGUCUCGUGGGAGCCGAUCUUUAUCUGUGGGGGCUGAUUCUUUUUUUCCGUGCGAUCGAUUCUUCGUGAAUACAUACAAAGUUAAUCCAUGAUGUUUACUGCUGUCGUCAAUUAUCGAAUUGGCUGAGAUUCACGAGCGAUUUGUCGAAUCCAGUUGUUAAAUUGCUGAAUUCCCCAUUCCCGGGGCUAGAUUCGGUCUCCGCAAUUUCGGAAGGGAAAAAAAGUGCGAAAAUAUCCCGGAUAUAUACUUGCUCGCGCUGUAUUGAGAGAGAGGGAGAGGCGUGAAAAAUUUUUCACGGGAAAAAAUGUCAAGGUAUACACUAGGUCCAGCAUGCUGGACAGGCAGGCCCGGACACGCGGACCACACUUUUUCCAUUACGGCGAUUGUCGAAACCUCGUGCAGCCGGCUGCACGGAUGAGCCUCGAAGAGGUUGAGGGGACAGUGUCGCGCACUCCGAGGUAUCGCUCCUCUCGCGGGUGCCACGAGUCCGAGAGAAUCGAGUGAUAUUAUCGAGUAUCCGUGUAUAUCCUUCCAAAGAGAAGGAGGAAAAAAGAAGGAGAAGGAACCUUCAACGUGGUGUACCCGCGACAGGUCAGGCUCGCGACGACACUCCGACGUUGCGCCGCGCGAGUCCGCCGGUUCUCGUUAAUAAUAAUCUUUGCUCAAUUGUAAAGAAUCGAAGAAAGUCUUACGUACGGACCCACCGUGUGCGUACAACACCGAUCGGCCGCCAGUAGUGACAUCGGUUUUCCUUCUCUUAAAACCCUUCGCCAUCAUGCCGCGCCACUGUGUCGCGCCGUGACACCCCGGUGUGUGCGAUGUGGAGUGUUGUAGAAUUUUCGUUGAACACUCGCUGCUGAAUCACAGCUCGCGCGCGUGUGCCGCCGGCGAGCAGUCCCUUCGCGCGCUUACGAAUCGACGUCGAGCCGUCGGCCUUUUCCGCCAGUCGAUUCUCGAGCUGUCGCUGUUAAAUCGUGUUUUCAUUCCAGAGAGAGAGAGAGAGAGAGAGAGAGAGAGAGACACACACAUACACACUAUAUCAUAUCAGCAUCUCGUUUCAGUUCGAGAGACCAUCCUGGGGGCUCAGACAUGAAUGAAAAGAAUGAGUGAGGAGGAAUUAAUUAUAGGGAAUUAGGAAUAUGAUAUAAGAAGUUAGGAAUAAGCUAUAAUUUAAAAUGCGAUGAAAGGAAUAAAGAAUAAGUUGUAAGAAAGUUUUAAAACGAGAUCACUUAACGAGACUCUACUGUCAUUAUUGACACUUUCAUCAUUUUCUUUAUAAUUAUCGAUUGACUCAAACUGAUUUCCACUUGUAUUAGGUGUUCCGGUUAGUUUUGAGGGCUCACUAUUUGUGGCAGUAAUUACAAAUCUAUUAGGGAUAUUUUGAUUAGUUGGUACGUCAGUUCAAAGCUUGGACAUUUCUACAAAUAAUUUGUCACGUCAUGUGCAUUCGUAAACAUAAUUUAACGUCUCUCUAACAUAAAUGUGUUUUUUUUUUGCAAAAAAUCCCUCAAAACUAAUCGGGACACCUAAUAUAUUGAUAGGUCAUUUAAUGAUGGGCAUCUUAAAGGUUUACUUUCAGUCAACUAUUAAGUCCGAUGAGCACACAAAGUUAUAAAGCACAGAAUGUCGAGAGUGUUUCUAAUCUUAGUUCUCUGUUUAUUGUGGAUUUAACUUUAUUGUGGAUUGAAGCAUGAUUGUCGAGAUUGAAUUCCUCUUGUUCCUAAUUCCUUAUAUUUAAUUCCUCGUUCCUUAUUCCCUUUAUUGUGUCUGAGCCCUAAUUCGUCGCUCUCUCUUGACCGUUUUUUUAUAAUUUCUGAAGCGUGCAUUCGACUACUCGCCGCCGCCACCUCGAGAAACAACUACGCGUCUUCGGAAAGUCUCCAAAUCCAUCCGCAACACGAUCAACGAGGAUCUAAUAGCGCGAGGGAGUAAGUCAGAGACAGUCGAAAGUAGAGAGAGAAAGAGAGAGUGAGAGAGAGAGAGAGAGAGAGAGAAAGAAGCGAUAAUUCGACGGCGAUCGAACGAGACACGAAGCACACAGUUCUGGACCCUUAGAAAAUUAUUUUUCUUUCAAAAUCAUCGCUCCUGUCGAUCCAUCGCUGCCACCGCCGCGCGCACUCCGUAAACUCAUUAGGCGGCCCUUGUUCCCGCCAUCGUUAAUUGAGUACCGAGGUGAGACGAACGACACGGAAUUAUCAUUCGAAUCCUCCUUGUUAGGCACCCGCAUCGCCUCGCUUCGUCGCUUUCCUCCUUCUCUUUCUCGCUCCUCUCUCUCUCUCUCUCUCUCUCUCUCUCUCUCUCUCUCUCUCUCUCUCUCUUUUCCGUCUCGCUUUAUCUCCCUCUCUCGCUCGCUCUGUCUUGCUCUCUCUUGAGAAUUCGUCGUUUUCAAAGCGGCAUAAUCAAUUAAGCCUGUUGUACAAGACGAAAUCCGUUAUCCGCCGCGACUUGGCGGCGUUUUCACGCGGCAACACAUCCGGAUCAGUUUUACCGUAAGUGUGUGUGUGUGUGUAUGAUCGUGAGUAGAUUGCGACGCAGCCACGUGUAGACCACAAAAGAAAGAGAGAGAGAGAGAGAGAGAGAAAGUGAGAGUGACCACUGAUGUUAUAUGUCAUCGAGGGGAGAACGAAGCUCAAUCGUCCGCCGAGAGAUGAGAAUGUAUAUCCCGCCGUCGUUUAACGGAGUCUACGUCGAACAUCGGCCGAUGUGCGCGCGCGCCCCGAUCGUUUCCCUCGCGCGGAGACGUGUCGAACGCGCGUUCUCGCGCCAGUAACGGCGACCUCGACGUCCAGACAACCGUUCAGACUCGAUUCGUUCGACCGAGGACUCCGCGUCGUGAUCCCGCGUGUCCCCCGGCGUUCGUUCGCGAAUUCCAUCGGGAGUAAUUAAGCGUUGCUGGCGUGCGGACGUCGUGACACGCCGCCCGCCUGCUCGCCCGCACGCGCGCACACACACACACAAACACACACAUACGCACGCACGCACGCACGUGUCUCCCGACGCGGCAUAACAUAAUAUUGUAUGAUAAAAUACAUUGUGUAAUGUUAUUUUUAUGCGUAUGCGCGUGUGCGUACGGCGACGAGGGACAAUGAUAUCGCGGGGCACGACGCGUUCGAAGCUCAAAGUACAAUACAGAAACGAGCAAACAAACAACCACUAUCAUCCGUACAACGGCAUUCGCAAAACGGCAAAGAGUUUCGGCGCGAAAUGCGUAAGGACUUUACGCGCGUCCUUUGCUCCUUUCAUUCGUCAAAAUAGCCUAGUUUUCAAUGACAUCUCCGCGCGCGUCGCCGAUUAAGCGUUGUUCACGCAUACACACGUGCACGCGCACGCACACUCGCUCGGAAAGUUCACCAAGCUCUCGGCCGCGCGCGCCAAGAGAAGAAGAAGAAAGAAGAAGUCGUUCGCUCCGGUAAACUUUCCGAGCGAGAACGAUGCUCAAGAGUCAUGUGACGCAACGACUCGAUGUUGAAGAUUCAAAGCUCCACUCCGCGAGAGAGUGAAGGAGCGAGAGAGAAAGAGGGGAGGGGAAGAACGAAUCGUGUUCGUCUUCUCUCUCUCUCUCUCUCUCUCUGUUUCUCUCUCUUCCGAUUGCGACGAGAACAAUCACUAGUCGACGCCGAACGACGGAUCUCUCUCGGUCGAACGAACGAUCGAUCGAUCGAUCGAUCGAUCGAAGUCGAUCCCCUGGUCCAUCAUGACUCUGCGAACGCCGGCGGAGAAAGUGAAAGGGAGGGAGGAGUUACAUGUUUCGUGCGUGUACGUAUAAAUAUAAAUGUAUAAUGGAUUUAUAUUUAUACCUACUCUCGCGUUUAGAUCGGACAAGGAGCCGCGCUGACGGAUUAUGUCAAGGAUGCACAAACUUCUUCGGCAUCGACUUUGGAUUUCCGACGAACGACUCGCGCGCACGCAAGACCUUCGUCGCGGCGGAUGCGCGAGGAACUAUAGCGGUUCGCGUUGAUUUCGAUUCCUAUCGUUACCACGAGCGCACGCUCUCGUAGUCACACACACAUACACGUACACACACAUACACGCGACAUCGACGUUUAACGAACUAUAAACCCAGACUCUGCUCGAACGUCGGAGGACGUCUCGCACCGUACUUCCCCGUCUCCCUCGAUCUCUCCCGUUUUUCCCGUCGUCGUGUCGUCGUUGCGCGUAAUCGGAUCGAACUACCGGCUCCGCCGGGCCUUCGGACCGGAGUUUGUGCAUCGUUGCAUUGUGUAAUUUAAUCUUGUAUAUAGGGUACAUUUUGUAUAUUGUUAAAAGUUUGUGUGAUAUAAAUGGUUAUGUAUUUACUAUCGAGCGCGAACGGCGAACGGGGCUCUUCGCGCGCUCCCAACCUGCGACGGCGAGACCGGCCGGUCGUAACGCAACAACACACGUGCUAUCGUCGUUCGCCCCGGUGAACCGGCGUCGCCGAGAGCGCGUCCUGCGACGCCGACCAGCGUUGGCUUCGCUCCACCGAGCGCGUUACUAAUCUCAUCGCUUCGCUGAGAAUCACUUCCGUCUCCGAAUCGCGCGAACUUCCGAAACUUCACGCUCGCGUUCCGCGUCGUCGCCGUCGCGUCGACGUUCUCUCACCACCAUCGAGUACACCGGUCUCGCGGAUCUGGUUGCCGUCUGUCUGUCUCACCGAAGCAGCGAUUUGCGAAAUGGAAGAAGCAGGAGAAGCGGAGGGAGCGAGAUGAUCUCUCCCGGCGUCUCGCGAUCUCUGGGAGAUCGCGCACACUCCGCGAACAGAGGAAACGAGCGAGUCCCCGAAGCGGCAAACGAGCACGCGAGCGAGUCCCCGAAGCGGCCGGCCGAAAAUGACACGCGCGCGGCCCGGCUCUCGAUCCCACCACGCGCGUCUAGUUAAUUUUGUUAUUUGAUUUAUCUCGACUCUUCUCAUAUUCGAGACCCGACAUCUGUAUGUGGUUUCGUGGCCUCUUGUAAAAUACAAUUACACACACACACACACACACACAUACACACACACACACACUAUACGAACACAUUUAUUAAUUAA